AUGACUAUCAGUGUGAAAUUUGUGGUUCCUAGUCAAACAGACCGUUCCGCAAAGAAAAUGCCAUCAUCAGUUAAUAAAAUUAUUCCAGCUUACCAAAAAUCCAACGAGUACAGAGCAAGAAGACGAAAGUAUUUGAGAAUGCUGCAACAAACGGCCAAAGAGAUUUUCAACCCCUCGAAGAUGAAGUUGAAGGCUCAGACGACGACUCAAAUCAGAGCUUCGGCGGUUGAUUCGGAAAAGAAGAUUUUUCAAAAGCGAAACAACAUAAUUGAGCGAGAAAUUUAUGCGACAAAGAGGGAGGCAAGAAUCAAGGAAGAGGACAAAUUGACAAUUGAGAAGACGAAUCUUCGAUUAGAUUACGAGAAGCGGGAAAAAGAGCGCGAAAUUGCCCAGCGAAAGCAAGAAUUCGUCCUGGACCUAAAGAAAAAUUUCGACGAUCAGAUAAAAAUCUACAAUGAAACUUUGGACAAAGAUCGGCUCAGGCCAGUGGGCCAGGUGAGAUAUAGAAGAGAAAGUGCGAGGUAUAAGCGAUGGAAGGAGCAACAAAAGAAUGGACAAAGUAACGAGCCGAAACUGAUCCACAUUGAUACCCGACAAAUCACAAAAGAAAUGGUCACCGAUUUCAAGAAAGCAACUCGUCAACUUUCCGGCGGCUGGCGAAACAACAAUCCUCCCAUGGACUUCUAUCAAAAUCUUUCUCAAAGAGAAUCGAGUUAUUUUGGCAACGAAAAUCGACCGCCAGUUUCAACCCUUUUGGCGACUGCUAGUUACCCAGAGCUCUCCUACCAGAGGCUGCAUGAAGAAACUAUGAAGCUGUCAAAAGCAAUCUUCGACGUCGACAAAGUCACUGUCAACAACGAUGAUGACGUAGAAGUCGAUAUAUUUGACGUAGAAGAUCAUGAUAAUGAGGGCCAUUCCGAUGCUACCGAUACCGCCAUUUCUGAGCAGCCGCCCAAAAUUGAAAUCAAGGAAGAAGACAAAAAUGAACCAACUCCUGUCGCGUCCAGAGUUCAGUCCGCCGUUUCUUCUGUAGUUUCUUUGACGGAAUCGCAAGCAUCAGAAUUGGCAAUCAGCAGAAAAACGUCGGCGAAAUCUACUCGAUCGACGAUUUCUGACAAAACAGCAGUCGAUCCUAUCAUCAGAUGCCAUACGACCCAGACGUCCUACAGAACAUCGUCGAGUCUCUCCAGUCGGCGACCACCAAUGGUCAAGCGACCAAAAACGACAUCUGUUCGUUGGCGAACCAAAAGCGCUUUCAAUUGCGAACGAAUGCCGGAAAAGCCGCUGAUCCUGAAACAGUACGAAAACUACAAUGCGGUCAAUAAUGUCGUCGGAAGAAAAAGUUCCAAGAGCGCGAUUCCUAUCACCGAAUACGAAAAAGAUCGAAUCCGCCGAGUCGAAUUGGAAAGAACCGCUCGUUUGAAAAAAGACCAGCUUGAGCGACAAAAUCGAAUGAAAAAAUAUAUGCCCACAGCCCAGCGACCCAAAUCAUCAAUUUUCUCUGAUCGCUAUGGAAGUUCUAUUUCUAUCAAAGUUUAA